UCGCCGCCGCCGCCGCCUCCGCCCCCCCAGCCGCCGCCUCGGCCCCCGGCCCUGGCCCCGGCGUCGGGCGUGCCGGGCGUCUCCGGGCUGCGCAACCACGGCAACACCUGCUUCAUGAACGCCGUCCUCCAGUGCCUCAGCAACACCGAGCUCUUCGCCGAGUUCCUCGCCCUCCAGCACUACCGGGGAGCAGGGGAAGGAGGAGAAGGGGGAGCGGGACCACCACUACCCCCCAACGGCACCACCGACGGGCCUCCCCCCAUGACCCCCGCCGCCGCCGCCAGGCCCCCCGAGGAGGAGGAGGAGGAAGAGGAGGAGGAGGAGGGCUCGUCCCAGGGGGAGGUCACCGAGCAGCUGGCCCAGCUCGUCCGCGCCCUCUGGACCCUCGAGUACACCCCCCAGCACAGCAGGCACUUCAAGAGCAUCGUCUCCAAGAAUGCCCUGCAGUACCGCGGCAGCUCCCAGCACGACGCUCAAGAAUUCCUCCUCUGGCUGCUGGACAGAGUCCACGAGGACCUCAACAACCUGAUGAAGAACAACGGCAGCCCCCCUCUGAAGCCCCCUUUCGAGGAGCCGGUGUUGAUCGAGGGACCAGCCUUCCCCAUAAACAGCUCUUUUGUCCAGGAGCUCUUCCAGGCCCAGUACAGGUCUUCUCUGACGUGUCCCCAUUGCCAGAAGCAGAGCAACACCUUCGACCCAUUCCUAUGCAUCUCUCUGCCCAUCCCGCUGCCUCACACCCGGCCGCUCUGCGUCACUGUGGUGUACCGAGGGAAGUGCUCCCACUGCAUGCGCAUCGGGGUGGCCGUGCCCCUGUCCGGCACAGUGGCCAGGCUGAGAGAAGCCGUCUCCAGAGAAACCAAAAUCCCCACCAAGCAGAUCGUGCUGACCGAGAUGUAUUACGAUGGCUUCCAUCGCUCCUUUUCUGACACGGACGACCUGGACACGGUGCAAGAAAGCGACUGCAUCUUUGCCUUCGAGACCCCGGAGAUCUACCGGCCAGAGGGGAUCCUGAGCCAGAGAGGCAUCCACGUGAACAGUAACCUGAACCACUUGAAGUAUAGUGCUGACCCUCUCAGGACCCCUCCCUAUCCUCCGGGGAGGCUGGAGAACUCCAACGCCCGGGGGCCGGCCGGCGACAAGAUCGUGGUGCUGGUGUGCAACCGUGCCUGCUCGGGGCAGCAAGGAAAGAGGUUCGGCCACCCCUUCGUGCUGCACUUGGAGAAGUCGGUUCCCUGGGACAUCCUGCAGAAGGAGAUCCUGGAGAAGAUGCAGUGUUACCUCCGGCCCUCGGCCUGCAUUCAGGUGUGCCCUUUCAGCCUGCGCGUGGUCAGCGCCGUGGGUAUAACGUACCUGUUACCUCAGGAGGAGAGGCCCCUCUGCCACCUGAUGGUGGAACGGGCUCUGAAGUCAUGUGGCCAAGGCGGGACCCCACACGUGAAGCUCGUGGUGGAGUGGGACAAAGAGACGAAGGAUUAUUUGUUCGGGAACACGGAGGACGAGUACAUCCCCGACGCGGAGAGCGUCCACCAGCAGAGGGAGCUCCACCGCCAGCCACAGUGCUGCUCCUUGGCUCAGUGCUUCCAGCUGUACACCAAAGAGGAGCAGCUGGCGCCGGAUGACGCGUGGCGCUGCCCGCACUGCAAGCAGCUGCAGCAGGGAAGCAUCACCCUCAGCCUCUGGACCCUCCCCGACGUCCUCAUCAUCCACCUGAAGCGCUUUCGGCAGGAAGGAGACCGGCGGAUGAAGCUGCAGAACAUGGUCCGGUUCCCGCUGGCCGGCCUGGACAUGACGCCCCACGUGGUCAAGCGGAGCCAGAGCAGCUGGAGCCUGCCGUCCCACUGGUCCCCCUGGAGGCGCCCCUACGGCCUGGGGAGGGACCCUGAGGACUUCAUCUACGACUUGUACGCGGUCUGCAAUCACCACGGCACCAUGCAGGGGGGGCACUACACAGCCUACUGCAAGAACUCCAUCGACGGCCUGUGGUACUGCUUCGACGACAGCGAGGUGCGGCAGCUGGCCGAGAACGAGGUCUGCCGGAACACGGGCUACAUCCUCUUCUACCAGCGGCGGACGGCCAUUCCGUCCUGGUCGGCCAACAGCUCGGUGGCAGGUGGAUUCUCGACUCGUCCCUUCGUGCGGAGCGUCCAGCGCCAGAGCCUGUCUUCGCGCUCCUCGGUGACCAGCCCCCUGGCGGUGAGCGAGAACGGGAUCCGCCCCUCGUGGUCCCUGUCGGCCAAGCUGCAGAUACGCUCCAGCUCCCCCUCCCGCUUCCCGGGGGACUCCCCCGCCCACAGCCCGGCCUCCACCCUGGAGCGGAUCGGGGAGUCCGCCGACACGGACAAGGUGGCCCCCUCCUGCUUCGGCAGCGGCCGGCGGGAGCACCGGACUACGGGCAGGGCCCCCCUGGCCGUCAUGGAGGGGGUCUUCCGCGACGAGGCACCCCUGCAGAAGCCGCGGGGGCCCCCAGACCCCCACUGCAAGAAGAAGAGCUCCCCCCUCCCCGCGGACCAGAGCUGCUCCCCCCUCGACCCCUUCGACAACAACAACCAGAUCGCCUUCGUGGACCAGAGCGACUCUGUGGAGAGCUCCCCCGUCAAGGAGGAGGAGAAGGGCUUCAGCGGGCGGGGCCCAUCGUCCCCGGCCAAGGCGGACGGCCCCCCGCGAAAGGCGGCCACCGGCAAGGAUGCCGCCGAGGCGGAGAGGAGCCUGAGGAGAGGAAGGACCCCCCUCCUAUCCAGCACGGACUCCCUGGCCUCGCCCCAGGCUGCCGCCUCCCCCCCUCCACUUCCCCCCAAGACCUUGCCAAAGGUGUCCCGUUCGCGGAGCAAGCUGGACUCUUGCCGGGCCAGCGGGAGACACGGGUCCCCGGCCGCCAGGCACCGGCCGAAGGAGGCCGCCUCCAGGGCCCACGAUGCCGCAGCCGCCUCUUCCGCCCAGCAGAAGCAGAAGCCCCUCUCCUCCUCCUCCUCCGUGCGAGGGGCCCCGGCUGGGAAGAGCAGGACUUCCGACCGCAGCCUCAGCCGGGAGGGUUCCAAGCUGAGCCUGGGCUCCUCCUCGGAGAAGGGCCCCCCGGCCUCCUCGCGCACAAGCUCCCCGCGGAUCGGCCAGUCGAGGAGCAGCGAGGGGCAGGCGGCGGAGGGCAAGCACGUGCGCAGCUCCUCCAUGGCCAGCCUGCGGUCGCCGUCCGCCGGGCCCCGCUCUGCCCUGAAGAGGGACAGCAAGUCGGAAGACAAGGGACUCUCCUUCUUCAAGUCCGCCUUGCGCCAGAAGGAGACGCGCCGCUCCGCCGACCUGGGCAAGACCACCAUGCUCUCGAAGAAGGCGGCCUCCGGCUCCGCCAGGGCGGCCGGCAAGGGACUUCCGGAAGAGAAGCGGAAGCCGGAAAAGAGCAGCCCCCAGCCGGCCCGGGCGCCCUCUGGCCCCGCCACCAAGGAGGCCUCUCCCGCCAGACACUCCCUGCUGCUGGCCCGCAAGUCCAAGUCUUCCCCGGCGGAGGCCUCCCCAGCGCCCCCCGGCAAGCAGGCGGCCGCCUCCUCCUCGCGCAAGCCCCCCGCCUCGAAGUCUCCGUGAAGAUAUGCUGCACUGCAACCCGCCCGCGGGUGUUUGGUUUAUCAACCGUCCCGUUGGAGCCUCUUCUGGUUUUGCUUUUCUGCUCAUGUGCCUGACACGUGGGAGGAGACCAGGACCUCUCCCCUUCCUCCCUCCCUCCGUCCAAGCGCCUUCUGAUUCCGCCAACAUACCAAAUAACUGCAGGCAGCCGCUGGCCACGGGGCCACCAAAGGAUACUUCUCUGC